GGGACGCAUUCAUUUGUCAAUAAACUGGUAAAAAAAAUGAUGCGUUUUUAAUAUUUGCGGUUUUAAAACUUUUUAAUUAUUUUAAUGACUAUGGUAAGCUUGCAAAUACAAACCUAAACUAUAAUCUGAAAAAUAUCAUGGAAAACAAAGUGUUAUCCGUUGAAGAUGUUAUACCGAAUGGUGAAAUUGAGUGGCAGCCACUUGCCCUCACAUUAGUAGAAUAUCCUAAAGGUAUUUUAUUUGAAUUGUCAUUACUUUCUCAUAAUAUUCGUGUUAUUGAUAUUUAUUUUAGAUUUUUUUUUUCAACAGAUGACUAUAUUGGAAAGUUUUUAGCUUUCAUAAGUUUAUCACCAUUUGGAAUUGGUGCUGGAUUUAUUGCACUUAUAUUAUUCCGAAGAGAUUUGCAUACGAUAGCAUUCUUUUGUGGUAUAUUAUUAAAUGAGGUUCUCAACAUUGUUUUGAAACACAUAAUAUGUGAAUCUAGACCUCUGGCACGAGGUCAUCUCUACAAUGAAUAUGGAAUGCCCUCCUCCCAUGCUCAAUUUGUUUGGUUUUUUAGUAUAUAUGUUUUAUACUUUGUUGUAAUUAGGUUACAUCACAUUAAUAAUAACAGUAUAAUAUCAGCACUAUGGAGGGUGAUAAUUGUAGGAAGCUGUAUGAGCUUAGCAGCAUUGGUAUGCAUUGGAAGGGUCUACUUGCACUACCACACCACCUACCAGGUAGUGGUUGGUGGAUUUGUGGGUUUCAUAUUUGCAACUGUUUGGUUUAUAAUCGUGCAUAGGAUAUUUACACCUCUAUUUCCGCAAUUAGUCUCAUUGAAAGUAUGUGAGAUGUUAAUGAUAAGAGACACAACACUUAUACCAAAUGUAUUAUGGUUUGAAUAUACAACAUCAAGACAGGAAGCGAGAGCGCGAGGUAGAAAAAUGGCAGCAUUGAAACCAACUCAAUGACGGUGCGCAUGCACGCGCGUUUCAGUAGCACCACUGAAACCACGCACGUGACGACUCAUUGCCACCACGCUCGUCGCGCUGCUUGGUGGCAUAGUACUCAUUAAGUCAGAGUGUGUAUGGUCACUGUUUCCAUAAUCAUAUAAAAAUAUUACUUAUUUUCACUCAUACUACAUUAAUAAUGUUGUGUAAAGAAUUGUAGUUGAUAUUUUAUAUUCUGUUGUAUGUAACGCAAUAAUAGGUUUUGUGAAUAUUUGAGAGGUUUAUGUAAGUGUCGUUUUUUCAUUGUUAUAGAUUUUUGUGGUAUCUAAAGUUUCAUAAGGCAAUAACUGCUUUAGUCCAGUACUCAUAUGAAUUAACAUGACAUUUGAGGGCCUGUGCUAUUUGUC